UUGGUGUUGUGGCUGUGUAAGAACAUGUCUGAUGCUGUAGUUCUUUCUUCCCUGAAGCAAGAACUAUUUGAAUUUAACAAAGGGAUCCUCGUGACCGGUGGAGCAGGGUUUAUUGCUUCUCAUGUGGUUACAUCCCUUGUUGAAAAAUAUCCAGACUGUCUCAUCAUAAAUCUAGACAAGUUAGAUUAUUGUGCAAGCCUAAAGAACCUUGAAUGUGUGGCUCAAAGAGCAAACUACCGAUUCAUCCAGGGUGAUAUUUGUGAUUCAUACUUUGUUAAGCUUCUGUUUGAAACUGAGAAGAUAGACAUUGUCCUACAUUUUGCAGCUCAAACACACGUAGAUAAUUCUUUUUGGUGUUCUUCGGAAUUUACAAAAGUAAACGUGUAUGGUACCCAUGUACUAGUGAAAGCUGCACAUGAAGCAGCUGUUGAGAAGUUCAUCCAUGUCAGCACAGAUGAAGUUUAUGGAGACAGCAUAGAGGAGGAUUUUGACGAAUCGUCACCUCACAGACCAACAAAUCCGUAUGCAGCAUCGAAAGCAGCUGCAGAAUGUAUAGUAUUGUCAUACUGGGAAAAGUACAAGUUCCCAGUUAUAAUUACAAGAAGCAGCAAUGUUUACGGACCCCACCAAUACCCUGAAAAAGUCAUUCCAAGAUUUAUAUCCUUGCUGCAACAUAACAGAAAGUGCUACAUCCAUGGCUCAGGGCUACAAGUGCGCAAUUUCCUUUAUGCUGCUGACGUCACAGAGGCCUUCCUCACUGUUCUGGAGAAGGGGGACCCUGGAGAGAUCUACAACAUGGGAACUAAAUUUGAGCUGUCAGUUCUGCAGCUCGCCAGAGAGUUAAUUCAGCUGAUAAAAAACAUUGCAUCCGAGUCUGAGGCUGAACAGUGGCUGGAUUAUGUCAGUGACAGACCGUACAAUGAUCUGAGGUAUCCAAUGAAUUCAGAAAAGCUGCAGAGACUUGGUUGGAGGCCAAAAGUAUCAUGGAAGGAAGGAAUUGGAAGAACAAUUGACUGGUACAGAGAAAACUUUCACAACUGGCAAAAUUCAGAAAAGGCUCUGAAACCGUUUCCAUGAUCACGUUCUUAUCCUGAAAAGUGAAGAGUUUUGCUCUACAGGAAAAGAGUAAUGUGUAAUUGGAUCAAUAAAAUGAAGUUGCUUUAAAGGAAGGAGCUUAAAAUAACAGUAAGAAUAAAAGAUUUAUAUUUAUUUUGGGUAGUUUUAUUUUCACUGGAAAAAAAGUAGACUUUUAUUCCAAAUAACGUAUCUAUAUAUCCUUUAUAUCAUGUUUAUACUCAAGAAUUCUUAAUAGGAGUCAACUGGACACUAAGCUGUAUUUGAACUGUAGGAACUAAAUGUGCCAAGCAGUGCACUCCGCUGUAAAACUUACGGAAUUUAAAGCCUGAUAUCAAUACUGUUGUGUCUUAAUUAUGAAAUAUAAAUAAAUUAACACUGUGCAUUUUAAACUGUUUCUUUUUCUUUUUGUAAGAUUCCUAUUGUUUUCUGGCAGCCUGGGUGCUUCCCUCUUCAUUGGAAGCUCCAAUGUUUCGUUGAGAUAGCCUGGACAGAAAAGUUUACAACACAUGUGGUGCUCCAUCUUACUAAGGGUAUCGAAAAACUGAUACUGAGCUAAAAGAUCAUUUAUUCUGUAGAAAUGUGUAGCAUAGCUCCUGAUCACAGGGUGCAGCAAUAUGUAUAACUGGUGAGGCUGGAUGCUAAAAGGGUAGACCUCUGCCUCUAACCAUCAAUUCAUUCAGACAUUGGUACUGUAGCUCAAACCACAGCUGUAAUAAUAAAGCUCAUUUCACAGCUGUCAAUGGCAACCCUUUUCUGUGCAUCAUUUACUAGCUUAUCCUGGGAAUGCACUUAGAAUGGUCCAAAUGAGCAUUCUGCAAAGCCUGUCUUCCUUAAGUGGUUGCCUACUUGUUCAUCUAGGGUUGUGGGCUUGCUAAUUCUGUGGAUAUAUAUGCUCUAUGCUUUCUGCUGCUGCAAAUUCCCUCCUAAAGCAUGUGCAGUAGUGUAUAUCUUUCACAUUUCAUGAGCCUUGCUGCUGCGCAAAAGAAUCUGCCAGAACUCCUUCCACAGCUCUCUCUAUUUGUUCUACAGUGGAAUUGAAGCAUCUGACACUGGAUAGGAUUGGCAACAGUCCUCCUAUGCUCCCUGAAUGCCAGGACCCUGUUUUUUUUUUUUUUUUUUUUUUUUUUAAAUAAUUACCACACAAUCAUUGCCAACUCAAAUCAGUAACCCCCUCCAAUCCUGAACUUCUGAACUUCGUUCCAACUGAACUCUGGUUUGAAGAAUGGCACUCCUGUUAUGACAUGUAUGUCAGAUUGCUCUAUAUCCUUACUGUUUUUUUUUAAAAAAAUUUUUAUUUAAUUCUAUUAAGUUAGGGUAAUUGCUACACUACCUCUGUAGCUGUGAGCAGAAGAGAACAAGAAACAAAGGUUAGUUAAGACUGUGAAUAAAAUUGUAAAAUAAAAAAAAACCCUAAUCCCAGAAGAUGCAUUAUCUGAUUGCUAAUUGAAAUCUGAAGUGGAGAGGAAGAUUUCAAGUAGCAAGACAGGAGGUUUUAAUUUGCCUCUUCCUCAAAUGUGUUGUAUCUAUAUGCAUUGGUUUAUUCCUUGGUAAUUUCUCCAGCCACAUCAGUACAUUUGGUAUGCAAAAAUAGCACCAGUGUGCAACAGACAUAAAUAAUCACUCCUUAUUGGAAACAUUGAAAAGACUAUUGUUGAAUUAUUGAACAUUUAUACUGCAGACAAAUGACAGCACAUUUUCUUUUGGUGUGAAAAAAGCAUAUCAUGCUUUGUCAGAUAUCUAUCAGUUGUGUCAAUUGAAAAACACUAUUCAAAACAGUGGUACAAAAGCAGUAACUGUUCUAAUAUGGUCCAACAUCAGCACACCUGAUUGUGUUGUUAAACAGCUUAUGUCUGAGGUUGGAUCAUAUUUAAACACCUUUUAGUGUGUUAUUGCACUUCUAAAAUGGAACCCUCCACCCUUUUCAAAGUGAGUAGGUUGUCAAGAGAAUCAUGGCAUGAUUCUGAAAGUUCCCAGAAAUGCUGGUAUGAUUACACUUGUAGCCAGUAAGAUUGCUCAGUCUAUUCUUUGGCAUAUUAUAAUAUGGUCAUUAAGAAUUCUAUUUUUUGAUUGGUUGAUUAGAGUUCUGAGGCGAGUUCUUUUUUAAAAUGAUAAAAGAAAAAUACAAAAAGUGGUGCCACAUUUUCUACAAUUAAUUGAAGGGGUUUAUUUGCAAAAUCGUUUAUAGGCCAAUCCCUGUUGUAAACAAGAUUAUUCAAUGGAUUUAUUCAAUGUCAUAGUAACCAAGCAUAGACAGAUACAAUAAACACCAAUUAGUCCACAUGUCACGAAAAAUAAUAACAAAAGUAUAUGAUAGAAUUGCAUGCCUACAACAAAAACACUAGAAUUGUUACUGGCUCAUUGGCUUAUUUUGUGGAUGAAGACAAAAUGUUUCGCCCAACAGCACAACAGUCAGUUUAAUUAUAACUCUUUAUCAAACUUCAAGAUCAGCAUGCAAUAUGAAAAAGGCAUCAAUGCGUAUAGUUACCAAUAUUGGAGACAGCAGACUGCAUCUCCAUUUCUGCAUCUUGUCUAACACAUAACUUCUAAACAACCCGUGGUGACAUCAGUCUACACCCCCCCCCCCCCCCCCCUCCUCCUCCUCCUCCUCCUCCUCCUCCUUACAACCCCUGUGUUUUUAAUUACUAGUGAUUGUAUAGGCUUGCUUCCAACAAAUUAGUAAAUACAUUUAAAAGGAACACAUCAGUUAUUUUAUCUAGUUAUUCAUCUAUUUUAUUGUCGUGUGUCAUGAUUUGUCAUGACGUAAGGGAGAUCGGGGUUGGUUGUCACAGUGCUCAUAGCUAUGAAACUAGAUGGUGCAGGCAGGUGAUACUAACACUGAAAU